UUUUGCACCAUGACCUUCUCAAAUAAACUUCUAAGUAUUAAAACCCCUCAUCAGUUUUCGAACAGCACAUUGUCACUUAAAUUCGAUCCACACAGUGAAACCAUUGGAACCAACUCUACCGCCUCAACCCAUGACAAGUCUAUCUCUGGUGUGAAGGGGGAUUUUUAAAAUCCAGUUUCCACGCCGGCUGUGCCGCAUCAACCUACCGACAAGCCACCACCUCUUGCAUCAAGCGCCUCAUCAAUGGGAAAACUCCUCCCCAAGGUUUUCUAGAAGAGCUCAACGAGAAAAAUCCCUCUGAACUCAGUGUUGUUUUUGGAAAAGCAACGUGGGCAAUUGGCAUCACACUCGUUACAAUAUUCGAGUUGGAAUUCACUAGUCUGUCAGUGUUGAUUCGACUUUGGAGUAUGUGCGUCUGGUUUUCUGAUGGGCGGUUCCGAUAGGCCGACGACGAGCAUCAGAAUUUCGGUCUGUUUCAUUUCGUAGCAAUCCUAGGCGACCGACAGUUCAGCUCCUUGGAUUCGUAAUUGAAUGUGCGGGACUGGAAGAACUUCUUCCGGCUCAAGGUCCAUUUACUUAGAAAUUUUGUGCUCCCUCCAAGGAGACUCCUGCAAUCAGUUCGCAAAAUUUAGGUGCCGGCUCGGCGUUCAAUGCUUCCAUGGCCUCCUUAUUGAUUUUCCCAUGAUCGUCUGCGGAUUCUCCCGUGCAGUUCUGUAACAAGACUCAGUUGCAGAGGAAUUCAGUGCACGGAACCAACCAUAUCUAGGAUCCCCCACUCUCACCUACAACCCUACAAAUCCAAAUUUGAAGUACAAGGCGAGCGAUGAUGCAACAGGCGAGAAAAAGAGGUGUCCAUGCGUCGGAUCUUCUGCAAGUGACGUCUCUCUUGAUGAUCGUCGCUUUACUCCUGGCGCAGGACGCUGCCAAUGCUGUACCAAAACUACCUCUUGGUUUACUGUUGGAUCAGAUUUCAGCUGAGGAAUUGAAUACACUGACAAAUCCACGUGGACACAAGAGUCAUGAUUUAGAAGCACUCGGAUAUUAUGCGACUCCCACACUUUACGAAAUGAGGAGCCGCGCUGAUGAAGAUUCGUUACAAGAUGCUGAUGCGAUGUACCAGCCUCACCCAGCAGACGAGCUCCUGCGAUCCCAGGACGCCGAUGGCAGUCAAUCUCACAUUCUGGGGGGAUACUAGAUUAAUCCUGAUGUCCUAUGCGCCACCCAUGUUAGCUUAUGUCAUCAAUCCGCACACCUGUCUUUUGAGAUAUUUGGACAAUCGAUUCACCAACAGGUGGGGAACAAGCAGUUAAUGAACGAGGUGAGCUUACACUGCGGAGGAAGAUUAUUAAUUUGAAGGUAAGAUCAAAAUAAGGAAGUUGCAGAGCACAUCUUUACUGUACUCUCAUCAUAAAGUUUGUGAGCGGAGAGAAGGGCACAGGACUGGCACAUUCUACACAAAAGUUUUUGAAACCGAUAAAUCUCCAGAUGGUAGCACCCACACUUCAAGGAGUGGAUAGUGGACUGUGACGCACGUUGCACGAUGUUAUUCACUUCACAAUAAGGACAGCUCCGUACAAGAAGAUCAAUGAGCAUGAAAUGUGUUUCUUUUUCGGCAGAAGAGUUGGUGCAGGAUGGUAGCCUUUUAUACCAACAGACAUGGGUUUUAGCUUGUAAAUAACUACUCAUUCUAACGGUCCUACACACUUGUCCGAU